AAAAAUGUCUAUUUUUAGGGACUUGAAGAGUACUACUUAUUCAGAAUUGAAGAAUACAUUUCAUGGAACAAAGGACUUCCACAACACAUUGAAAUCACCGAUACGACUGAUCUCUCCAUCAAGACAAGUGAGAGGGAUUAGUACCAGUCUCUAUAGAACCAGAAGGCCUAUUAAAUAUGACCACUUUGAAAAAUACGAUAAAGUUGACAGAACAAUGAAGAGAGAUAAUUCAGAUAUAUCAAAUUUCAUUAAUACAAAAUUUCAAGAUUAUGACAAGUCUUUAUCCCAAGCAUUCCCUUCCAAAGAGACUAUCGAUAGUCAAAGGAGCAAUACCUUCAAUGUGAGGAAUAAUUACUCGGCUAACAAGACACUAAUUUAACAACCCAAGGAAAAUGAUAGGCAGAAAUUUAGUACCAAAGCCUCUAUUCAAUGCAAACAAUUUGACUAGCGAUGUGAUGGGUAGAAAUAAGAUGAGGUACAAUCCGAAGUUCCGACUAGGCAUCAAGAACAAACUCAAGAUUAGGAAUGUGUUCAGUCCAAAACCCAUAGUCACUUCUCCUCUGAGCCCAAAGGAUCUGGAAAGGAUCAGCAGUGGCAGGAAUCUUUACAAUGUCAAGCGUGACUUGGUGGAGACUGCUAAAAUGAGGGCUAGAUUCAAACGAGAAAGUAUAAUCAAGAAGAAAGAGGUCAUAAUCACAGUGAAAAUCAAUGAUAAGGGCGAAAUAGAAAAAGGAAAGCACGAAGUUGAUCUCCAUGCAGUCAGAUGGGACCAAGAGCUAAUCACUCCAAACGACUUGAAAUAUCACAAAAUUGAUAAAGAAAGCUGGAGAGAUUUCAGCAGAUUCAUUAAAACCAGAAACCGCACCAAGACUGCAUAUAUGGGUAAAUAAGAAGAAGGACGAGAAAAUCCCAUACACUUACAAAGUUAAGGAGUCCCAUAUCCCUCUGGAUGUACUUUUCAAUUUCGAGAUUAACCAGAUCAAAGCUGAAGAAAUAGUACAACAAGUCAAGCCAAAGCCAAUAACAUUCAGAAUUAUUGACGAGAAUGAUAAUAACCCAAUUCCUCAGACAGGAAGAGUCAGGUUUGAGAUAGAAGGAGGAGGAGAAGUCCUCACAUCUUUUGUGAGAAAGAACGAGGAGGAAUUCUUUGAAUUUCUUGUUGAUUUCAAUACAAAUAACAAUAAACCAAGAUCUAAAGGAAAAAGACAACCAUUCACGACAAAAGUGAGUGUAAGAAAAUAAGGCAAUGGGCAGAACUUCUGCAAUGUCUAGACACUCGAGACUCAGUAGAGCAACCAGUAGGCAAGGGGCAAGUUCUCCAAAUUGCUUAAGAGUCAAGUCCAGAUUUGGAAACAAUGAAAAAUAGGUUGUCUAAAAUAGUCUCAGAGUCUGGCUACAGUUCAUCUUCUGUUUCAAGUAGAAAUCGAAACUUUGGUGGCAUAAAUCUGAACACUUAUAGAGAAGGGGACUCCUCUCGGAAUAGUUCCAAUACCAAACAGAGUGCUUUAAAAUCCUCCCUCGAUUCCUCAAUUAGUUCUGAAGAGAUGAGGGAUUAUAUGGCUAAUUCAGGAGCUAAUCAACCAAAGAGACCAAAGAAGAACAGAAGCUCAAUGCUUGUUAACAAUUUCUCAAAAUUCGAGAAGGCCAACUUGAAAUUUAACCCAAAUAAUUCAAAAAUUGAGUCUAUGGAACAAAUGAAGAGGGUCACUUCUGUAAAAAGAAGCUCAUUAAAGAGAAAUAAUGGAAAAAAGGACAGCAAGUUCCUGGGUGAUGAGUUAAAAUAAUCUUGAAAUCCCUCAAAAGAUGCUCAAUAUACCUUCACCAGCAGCCGAACAGGACUUCGGAAUGAUCCAGAUUUCGAAGCUAACCACAAUGCGUGCCAAAGGAACUCCUUCUGGCUUGAUUUCGAACAAAGUUCAAGAAGCUACAAAAUAAAAGAAUGACUAUCAAGAGUCCAAUGAAAUUUGGCAGAAGUUCCCAAAUGAAAAUAGCAAAUCGAAGCUCUAGACUAAAUAAUAACGAUGAUUUCCGAAACCAAGCAUCCCGAAUAGAAUCCCGUAUUAGUAGACUAAAUGCGCCAGGUGCUCAGGCCAAAACUGAGUCAAGAAUGUCAAGUUUGUUCUUCUUCGAUCACCAAAAUGAGAACAAAGUAAUUGACAUUAAAAUCAACAACGUUAACAAGGAUAAAUUUGGCAAAGCACAGUCCAAGUUCAAAGACAAAGACCAAGACAAAUAAAAUGAACUCCCUUCUUCGCCGUAAAAACUACUCAAAAUGGUACAUAAAACCCACUCUCUACCACAAAGCCAUGAAACGUACGAACAAAAAAAUUCUUACCAAAAUGUUCGAUAAAUUAGAGGACACAAUAGAGAUGUACUACAAAGAUGCAGAUGCAGAUGUGGAUGAGAAUAAGAAGGAGCAGGAGGAUUUGAAGGAGAAAGAGAAGAUUUUAGAGAAAAUGAAACUGACCAGGAACCCUUAUACUAAGAUGAUUAAGGAUGUGAAGUUGAUGAAGAUGAAGAGGAAGAUGGAUAAGGGCACGUAUAGGUUCUCUGGGAGGGGGAAGAAGAGGGAGAAUGGAGAUGAGGAGGAUACAGAAGGAGAAGGGAAGAAGGAUUCGACAGAUUUGUUUGACAAAGAAUUGAACAGUAUUUUGAUUGACAAAAAAGAAGGUGAAGGAGAUGAAAUAUAAUAAGAAAUUGCAUAAAAGAUCAAAGAUGAUUAAAAAAUAUAAUACAAUUUUAUAU